AUGUUACGAUUGGGAUUCAGUCCAAUUGGUAGAAUAAAUGGGAACUGGGCGGCGUGCUCCCGUCUGACUAACCCUUUUUACGCAAAAAGAAGCUGGCUUCACGUAGGCACUACAAUUAAGGCCAAAGAAACUGAACUUACAAGUCGUGGCAAGACUAAGAGCGAACAAAAGCUCGAGGACACACCUGAAUUUCAGAAGCUGGCUGAAGAUUUCUCGUCGCAUGAUCACAUUCAUCUCCGCGAGUCGGAGACAGAAGAGAACGAUUCCUUCCAGCUGGGGUCGAUGCUUCACCGCACACCCCAUCAUACUCACACCCAGGGGCCAAGUCAAAACCCACUUUUGGUGCUCAGCAAGGCCGAGUUUAAAAGAAAUCCAGGGGUCAGAAUUACUUGGAUAGGUUUAAUGAUCAAUGUAGGUCUUGCUCUCGGGAAAUUCGCCGGCGGUAUAGUAUUCCAUUCACAGGCUUUAGUUGCUGACGCUGUUCAUGCUGUAUCUGACCUUAUUUCAGAUUUUCUGACGCUUUUUUCGGUCGGGUUAGCUUCACGAACCCCUACUUCGAAUUACCCUUAUGGUUACGGGAAAAUUGAGACCUUAGGAUCCUUGGCUGUAUCCUCGAUUUUAGCCACUGCGGGUCUCUCUAUUGGUUGGACUUCUCUAUGUGCAAUAGCAGGGCCUGUUAUUCCACAUACUUUGCUAGAAGUAUUUUCAUCUCAUUCUCAUUCCCAUUCGCACAGUAUUGCUCAGGAUGUGACUAACAUCAACGCUGCCUGGAUUGCUGGAGGAUCCAUUAUUAUUAAAGAGUGGAUCUUUAGAGCUACGAAGAAGGUUGCAGAUGAGACUAACUCGAACGUGCUUUUGGCCAACGCCUGGCAUCAUCGUGUGGACUCUUUGACGUCAUUAGUCGCUCUAGUAACAAUCUCGUCUGGUUAUUUGCUUAACAUCCAAUCUUUAGACGCAGUUGGUGGUUUGAUCGUUUCAGCAUUGGUGGUAAAGACUGGUUUUGAUGGCAUUGUCACUGCAGUCAAUGAAUUGGUAGAUAAGUCGGUCUCCAAGAAAGAUCCGCGCUAUAUCCAAAUUGAAAGUAACCUGAAAGAGGUACUCGAGAAAAUGGUAUCUAAUAACAAUGCCAAGAGGCCGUACGGACUACGCAAUCUGAUAGUACUGACAUCGGGACCAAACAUACAUGCGAAGGCUCUCUUAGAAGUCCCACUUCAGAGAUGGGACAAUGUUCUCACUGUUCAAGAAUUUGAGAUUGUUACAGAUCACAUACGUGGGGCCUUGUACAAGAAUAUCUCAAAUUUGCGUAAAAUUGAUAUUGAAUUUGUUGAGGAACGUCCAGAGCUCACCGAGGAGCAAAAGGAAGAAAUCGAAAGACAAAAAGAAUUGGGUGCUGCACCACUUCCCGAAUCAAGUGUUAAGCCAACAGAACACUCUCACGGUCACAGUCACUCCCACUUCGGAUUAGGAGAUCAUACCCACAAGCAUUGA